GAUGGGCAGAGCCAGGGCUCCUGAAGGGGACAUGAGUGACCAGGACCUGGCAGGCCUCCGGGACGCGGAUGGGGGCGGAGACGCCGCGCUGCUCCAGGACCUGGGGUGGUACCACAAAGCCCUGUCACGCCACGCAGCCGAGGCCCUGUUGCUCUCCAAUGGCAUCGACGGCAGCUACCUGCUUCGAGACAGCCAGGACCAGUCCAGCCUCUUCGCCCUGUCUGUCAGGGCAAAGGACUCUGUGAAGCACUUUCAUGUUGAGUACACCGGAUAUUCUUUUAAAUUUGGCUUCAAUGAGUUCUCCUCUUUGAAUGAUUUUGUCAAGCAUUUUGCAAAUCAGCCCUUGAUUGGGAGUGAGACGGGGACCCUGAUCGUCCUGAGACACCCCUACCCCAGGAGCGUGGAGGAGCCGUCCAUCUACGAGUCGGUGCGCGUCCACACGGCCAUGCAGACAGGACGGACCGAGAACGACCUCGUGCCCACCGCGCCCUCGCUGGGCACCAAGGAAGGCUACCUCACCAAACAGGGAGGCCUGGUCAAGACAUGGAAAACGAGGUGGUUCACGCUGCACAGGAAUGAACUGAAGUACUUCAAGGACCACAUGUCUCCGGAGCCGAUUCGGACCCUAGACUUAACGGAAUGUUCGGCGGUACAGUUCGAUUACUCGCAGGAAAGAGUGAACUGUUUCUGCCUAGUGUUUCCGUUCAGGACCUUUUACCUCUGUGCAAAGACGGGUGUGGAGGCCGACGAGUGGAUCAAGAUCCUGCGCUGGAAGCUGUCUCAAAUCAGGAAACAGCUCGACCAGAGGGAAGGAACCGUCCGGUCCCAGUCAUUCAUCUUCAAAUAGCCCUUCCUGCCUCCAGGCUGGCCGCGGGCUGUGGCCCCACCGCCAUCUCCGCCCCAGCCCCUCACGGGGCCAGGACGUUUCUUCAAACCCAGUCAGAGGCAGGUACUGACGUCUCCGGAGCCGCUGCCCGUGUGAGGACAGGAGGGGGCCCAGGUGCUCAGUGAGCCCAUCACCUCCACCUCCCUGCCAACGCCUGCAGCCUGCACACGGGCUGUGCCGUCACCCCCUCCUGAAGGGUGCGGCCACAGGGCUCAUGCUUUCCUCCUGAUGCAGGAAAACAUGGCUGUCUCCUCAGCUCCAAUGAGGGUGGGCUUACUGCCUCUGCGAAGGGCCCGGAAAGCCGGAUGCCCGGCAGAGGGAGCUGUCCCACAGGCACGACGGUUACCGUGACCUGUGGUCUGACGCGCCAUUCGUGCCCGCUACGGAGCCCCUGCACGCCAGGGCUACCCUCCACCCACGCUGCUCCCAGACAGAAGCGUGAAACCUUCCCUCGGGCGGGGCCCCUCCCGAGAGGCCAGCACCCGGCACCUUCUCGGUGAGGGGGCAAGGCUUGCGGCCAGCGGCGAUGCUGCAUGGGAGCUCAGACCCAGCAGCCGGCCCCCGCAGGAACACGGGCCUGAAGAGCGCCUCGAGACGCGGGAGGGCCCUGCAAACGGUCCCUGUGAACUACGUUUCUGUUACGCCCAGCACGGGACAUUCCUUUCUCCCCUGUAUUUCAGCAGCAUUUUAAUGCAUUUUCCCCGUACCCCUUGGGAUCAGUGAAUGCCCACUGAAACGUGUGGACGAAGAGGCCACGGACCCACAUUCCCUGAGCUCUGCUUUCCCCGCCCACCCGCGGGGACCAGUUUCUAACCUGUAAAAUGUAUCUUGUUUAUUUAUGUUCUUCCGUUGUUUGUGGUUUUGUUAGAGUAGGACUGAGAAUAGCAAGGCUGCACUCGGGACUGCGAACACAUGUCCUCAGAGCUCUGGACAGUGACCACGGAGAAGCGAGAAUGUCCCUCGAGGCCGGGCAUGCUGAGUGAGGGAGCAGUAACUCUGCCCCCGCAGCUGGCAGGCAAGAGCUGGGCCUCCCCGAGGCUGGGCCGGCCACCCCGGUUCCCUCGUGCAGAGGGUGCUGGGUGCCUGCAGCAGAGGGGAGACUGGCGGCCCGGCCCGGCCCAGCUGCCACCACCUCCCAGACCCCAGAGCUCGUGGAAUUUGGCACCCGCAGCACCCGCCCCAGGCUCUGUGGAAGGUGCGUCACUGAGGGGACACAGGCCCUGCCCCGCCUGCUGCUGCUGCAGGCACCUGGGCACUGCUUCCAACGGCUGCACCGAGAGCAGCUCCAGGCUAGCCCGGGCUCCCCUCGCCCUGCAGGCUGGGUGCAGUUUCCAGGGGACCGGGGGAACUGAGUGCGAGACCAUCAGGCCUGGGUGCGGUGCCCAGGGGAACUGUGUGCGAGACCAGCAGGCCUGGGUGCGGUGCCCUGGGGACCGUGGGAACUGUGUGAGCAGGAGCUGGUGGCCUUUUUAGUUUCUCAUCAUCAAACUGGGAUUUUUCUAAGUACAGCAAACGGCCAUACCCACCAAGGCUCUGGGGACCAAACUUGUCACUGCAGGUAAUGAUAUGGCUCUACACGCCUCGGAAAAGAAUAUAACGGAGAUACUUAACCUACAAAGCUUUUCAAAUUACUUACCCCUCCACCCCCGACUGCCCAUUAAAUACAUUAAACAUCGGUCAACUCACUUAUAAAGAUUUCAUUUUCCUUCUUUCAAAAGACCUUUUUUAAAGCAUUAAAUGCACUGACCACAGUGUCCUAGAAACUACAAAAUCCAGAUUGCAGAAUACAGGGACCCCAGAUUUCAAUGGGUGUGUCUAAGACCUCCGAAGGCCGUGCCUAUUACCCACAGGAAACACGGGACUCUUGCAUGUGGUGGAGAUGCUGUUCCGGCCCCAGCUCAACGUCCCUAUUCGAGUCUCUACAGCUCAUCCCGCUCAUCACUUACCGACCUUCCAGCCCCAAACACAUGCUAAGCUGAGCCUGCGACAGGACAGAGGGGAGCAGGCGGACAGCCCCCCACACACGAGAGGCGCCACAGCCCGUCGGCAGGAAAGGCUUUCCAGCACACACAGCCCGGAGCGAGCCCGGACACUUCCGGAAGUUAGGCCCACGGAAAACCCAGACUUUGCUAGUGAGAAUCUCCAAGUAAGAAUCUGUAAGAAACACAUUUCAUGAGGUUCAAAGAACAAAUGAAACAAAUUGUUUAAACCUUUGGGGGGAGUGUAAAAAUAAACCUAGAGUGUUUAAAGUAUACU